AUGAACCGCACGCUAUCCGGCAAAAGCGCGAAGCUUUCGAAGCAACGUCAAUCUAAUAAGCCCACGCAAGAUCCCUCACCAUCUUCUCCAACUACGUCACUCCGUCGCUCGACUCGGUAUUCUUCUUCUUCAAUAAACUUGGCACGAAACUCUGAACCUAAUAGUCAACCGAAAGUAGAAACCAAAAAACUCGCUUCUGAGGCUAGCAACCGUGAAGCCGACGAUGACGACGUCAAGCUUACUGACUACGAGCGCAGACGUCGUGAGAAUAUUCAGCGUAAUUUAGCUUUCAUGCAGCAAAUGGGCGUAUCGACAGCAAAAAUACAAGCCAGGACGGCGGUCGGAAUUGACCGUAAUAGUACAGACAAACGGCAUGACUUAGCAUCAAAACGAGCGUAUCAAGCAGCUUUAAAAGCUGAACGAAGAUUGCAACCGAUCCGGAAAUCGAGACGCUUAGAAGGCAAACAGGUCGAGGUAGAACCCAUUGACACUAUUGAUCAAUUGGAUCAAAUGACCAAGACCCGUGUUCCUCGUGAAUCACGACGUAGCAAUCUUCAUGUGAUAGAUGCAGUUGAUAGUGAGAGUAAAGCAUUUCUUGGUACCAUUGUUGAUGAGUAUGAACAAGAAGAGCUAGAGGAGGACACGCUAUUAGAUGAUGACGAUGGUUUGGACUACACGUUGGCAGAUGAAGAUAUCAUCAAAGCUGUACAAGAACGAAUUUAUUCCAUUGCUUUCUUGCCCCGAGGUGAUCGUGUUGUAGUCGCUUGUGGGGAUAAAUUAGGUCAUAUUGCUUUGUGGACACCUAGCGAAGCUAUCAAGACGUUGUCACCUUCUCCAUUGGUGGUCUAUCAACCUCACAGAACCCCUGUAACUCAAUUAAUAUUCCCCGACGCAUCAACCUUGAUUUCAAGCAGUUUUGAUGGAAGUGUUCGGGAGUUUGACUUGCGUGCUGCUAAAUCAUCGAUUGUGUUCGAAACAAGUGAUGAUGCCGGAAUUUCGUCGUUGGUGGCAGCUAGCACAGCGAGUUGUUACUAUGCCAGUUGCGACGAUGGAAGUGUGCGAUUUAUUGAUCGACGCGCGUCCAAAGUACAGAGUUCACGCUAUCAGCUGCACGAAAAAAAGAUUAACACGGUACAUCAACAUCCAAGCGUAGAUUUUUGCGUUGCGACGGCUUCGUUGGACCGUACAGUGUGUCUAUGGGAUGCUCGUCAAUUGUCGACGCAAAAAACCAAGCCCCUUGUGACAUUGCCACAUCACCGAAGUGUCAAUUGCGCAUACUUUUCUCCGCGUGAUGGUGACUGGCUCGUGACUGUUGGCCAAGACUCGUACAUUGACAUGUUUGAUACGUCCAGUCUUGCAAAGCAAAAGGUUUCAGAAAAGGCUGUUGUUUCAGUGCCAGACCCGAUUCGUGUCCGACAUAAUAAUCUAACCGGUCGAUGGCUAACAAAACUUCACGCGGCGUGGGACCCCAAAAGACCAAAUCAAUUUGUAAUUGGAUGUAUGGAGCAGCCGCGGCGCGUUCAAAUCUUUCGUGCUGGUCGCCGUCGUUGCGUGCGCGAGUUAAAGAGCGAGAAUUUUGCCUCAGUGCACUCGAUUAAUGUGUUCCAUCCUCAUCUCGAAUUAAUCGCGGGUGGCAAUUCAUCCGGUCGUCUUGCAUUGUGGCGAGGUAAGAGGGUGACCGUAGAAUAG